AUGAACGCUUCAAACGGCCCACCCCCCGGAACAAGCCUAGCUGACUAUCAAUACCAGCUGGCUUGCGGAUAUGUUCCCCCAACCCCCAAGCAGCCCUCCGGCCCAUACCUCGCGGCGCCCUCCGUCUUCACACAGCAGCAAUCGGCUCUUAACAAGAAACAACUCGCCAUCGAGAAACGGUUGGACGAUCUUCUAGCGGCUACGGAAACUGCAAGCGAACUCAAGAAUGCUGUAGUCAGGCAAUCUGACCUGAACGAGCGCCUUCGUCCCAUUGAAAAUCACUUGAAGAUGAUCACUACAUCAGACGAUUCGAACCUCACACCUCUGGGAAGAAAAGACGACAGCAGAUACAUCAGGUCCUCAAGAAAAGAUUUCGCCUCCUUCUCCGCCGGUGCAUCCAUCAUUGAACCUUUGACAUCUCCAACCUGGACUCACCACCGCAAGAUUCCCUGGGUACCUGCUGGCCCUUCCAUGGAACUACGGGCCAAGUUGCUAUCCGACUGUCUCGGGCAAUCUGGAUAG